AGCAAAUGGUGGAAUGCGGUACAAUGAAAUGGAGGAGCGAGUCGCAGUGAGGGAGGGAGUGAGCGAGCGAGCGAGGGAGAGGGGGGAGGAGAGGGACACCAUCACUGCCAACCUCGGCGGUGCUGAUUUCGCAUCUGGUGUGGAGUCAUCAGUCUCCUUUGACUAGUUCUCUAUCUAACUCUCUUUCUCUCUUGCGCAUUCUUUCGAUAUUGCAUUUUUUCUGUCUGACGUUCUUUCGUGUUUGUUCUCGUCCGAGCUUUUACGCUUGGAGGUUUGAAAGGGGGUUUGGAGUUUUUGAGACCUCUGUGGUGUUGUUGAUUAGUUGUUUUGUUUUGUUUCGUUGUGUUUUUAUUUAGUAUUGCAUUUGUGCUUUGCAUUUUUUUGUUUUUUUGUUUUUUUUGUUUUCCUCCCCCAUGGUUGUACAUCGCCUGCGGGUAACUGUGAGCGUGUUUCUCACGGCUUUUAGUGUUGAGGGUCGUAGCGACGGAGAUUUGUGUUGUUGUGAGACUUAGGUAAUGCGGGAAGUAGUUGUCGAAUAGUGCAUGUCUUCAGCGGAGAUAGCGUAGGGUGUCGAGAAUGCGCAACUGAGGAGCGUUGUGUGUGUGUGUGUGUGUGUGUUGUCUUGUUUUUUACUUUUUACUUUUUUUCUCUUCUUGUGUCGGCUUGAUCCCGUUUGAGGGGUUUUUCGGUGUUGUUGUAGGGUCACAGCAUUGCCAUGGCCUCGCCAGCUGCCGCGGCGAAGCUACGAGAGUUGCAAUCGCAGGCUGGGAACAAGGUAUGCGUGGAUUGUCCUCAGCGGAAUCCACAAUGGGCGUCGGUAUCUUACGGCAUCUUUAUGUGCUUGGAAUGUUCCGGGAAGCACCGGGGGCUUGGCGUGCACAUCAGCUUCGUCCGAUCUGUUUCCAUGGACUCAUGGUCGGAGAUGCAGCUGAAGAAAAUGCAGGCAGGAGGGAACGCGGCGUUAAAUGGUUUUUUUGUGGAGUACGGGAUCCCGAAGGGCACGGACAUUGUGGCAAAGUAUAAUUCGAGAGCUGCAAGUAUUUAUCGAGAGAAGAUUCAGGCGUUAGUGGAAAAUCGAUCGUGGAACGCUCCGCCUGUAUCAAAGGAAAGCUCUAUAUUUUCUACCACUAAAAUCCGGAAUACUCAGGGGCCUGUUAGAACGAAUUCCGAAUGGGACGAUUGGGAUACCUCUGAUGCAGGGGGCAAUACACAAGGGCUACCACGGCGAGGGUCAGAUGGCUCCAUAUCUGCUGGAGGUUGUAACGGACCUCCUAGUUCUCACAGUGCGGGGAAUAUUUACUCGAAAUCGCAGCUCGAGGCGUCAGCGGCUGGGAAAGAGCACUUUUUUGCUAGGAAGCAGAUGGAGAAUGCUUCUCGUCCGGAUAAUAUUCCACCAUCGCAGGGUGGCAAGUACGUUGGAUUUGGGUCUGGGGGUGGGCGGCCUCCUCCAACCAGGGGUCCAGCUGCUGGAGGUGACAUGUUGAACGAUACAGUUUCUGUAUUGACUCAGGGUUUUGGGCAUUUGUCAGCUGUGGCAGCAGUAGCUGCGCAGAAUGCAGCUUCUGCACUACAAGCAGGCUCCGGUGACAUCCAAGCGAAGGUACGAGAAGGAGGAUAUGACCAAAAAUUAAAUGAGACUGUUGCCGUCGUGGCAGCUAAGGGCACUAAAGUGGGACAAAUGGCUUGGGGUUUCAUGCGUGGAGUUAUGGCCAUGGCUUCACAACAAGUAGAGACAUACACUAAAGAUGAAAUGAGUGGUUCCUCAUCACAGUACGGUACAGAUCAUGGUUCCUCCCAACAAUAUAAUUCUGUUAAUUCUAGUGGUACUGGUUACCAGGAAAUGAACGGCAGCCACGCAUGGGAUGCUCCCAUCAAGUCCAACGACGAUUGGAAGGAUUGGGAUACUGUGUCGAACAAACCGUCAAGAAUGGGAUUCGACGAAAAAGAUGGGGAUACCAAGAAGACGCUGGAGCAGCCAAAAACUAAUAAUGUAUGGUCUGGAUGGGAUGAUCAAGAUCAAGAAGUCCACGUCAAUGGAUCUAAACCUAGUCAAAAGGCAGACGAUGGAUGGGGUGAUGAUUCUUGGGAUGCUGGUUUUAAGUAAGAUGUUUCUGGAUAUCAUUGUAACACAUGCUGAUUCGAAUUCCGUUAAGUCUCCAGGUGACGUGCACUUUGGGUAUCUACCUGAGAUACGAUUUUGUCCAUACUAGACUAAAGGUCAAGUUAUAGGUUUUCGUAGUUAUUGUUAUGCAGCUGCACAUCAUUUCUGGAACAUGUUUGCAGAUUCAAGGAUUUAUUUGCAUGAUAGUAGUCAGGGGGGUAUUACUCCCGCAGUAUCUAAGCCUCAAUUUAUUUUGCCGCUCGCAUAUCUACGGUAAUGCUCGGGUCUUGUUUCAUACAGCUACUGCCAGAAGAAACCGGUCCAAAUUUAAUUGUGUCUGUACACGUACUCCAAUUCUAGACAGUGUGUUAAUUACAUAGUAAACAUAUAUUCAUAGACCCGUUACAAACUAUUUUUUAAAAAAUUAUGAAUCUUAAGGAGAAGAUCAGUUCAUUGA